CUCGGGCAAAGUAGGGGUGUCCUCGUUGGUGUCGUCAAAACACUUAGUUUACACACAUGCAUUGAUCGAAUCAAACAACUCGACUAAAUGCACACGGCAGCAAUGAUGGCCGCGGCCGCGAGCGUCGCGCCCGUCUGAUUGCGGGCCCCCGUGGCAGUUUCCUCGAGCUGAAUCAACUUUUGCGCUUCGUCGCUGAGGGCGAAAUGGAGCAAGCAGGGCUUGACGGCAUCUCGAAGUGUGACGGAGAUUUGGUCCAGCGACUGGUACCGCGUCUGCAGGCCGUUCACGGACUUGAGUUCGUACGCGUGGGUGACACCGGCGCGGCCGAGCACGCCGCGGGGGUCCACGGACUUGACGAGCGGCGCGGCGGGGGGCGGGAUGAACUGCAGCAACUGACUCCGUCCGCUGUCGUGGCUGACCUUGAGUUCCUGCAUCGUUGCGUCGAAGUUGCGCUCCACGACCGGAUGGCCGUUGGCCGCGUCGAGGAUGUAGCCAGGAGCGAUGUCGUGACGCGUGGUACGCUUCACGACGACCUGCCGCGUGACCUGCUCGAUGCCAAACGUGACACCAACACUCGGCAUGUUGUUCUUCCACACGAACUCCACAGUUGGCCGCGUGGACGACUUCAUGCGUUGCAGCUCGAGCCCGAGGGAUUCGCCCAUCCACGUGACAUCGAUGGUGGUUUGAUUCUCGUCGCCCAUGAAGAACGUCGAGCAACUAGCUUGCCGAUGUAAGUGAUACUCGCUGUCCUCGCUUGCGCGUGACGGUGGUGUGGACGGUAGAUGGCUAUGGUUGGAAGGAGCAUUCAAGUUAAGCCGGCGGAGGUUUGCUGGAGCUGCGGGGGGGGGUAUUUCUCGCGGAGAUGUGGUUGGAGAUCGCUGCGGUGGCGUCAAGGAUGAUCGACGUGGUGGGCUGUUCCAUGAAGAUUCUACCGAAGUGGGCGGGUCUGGGUGGUUGUCAAAAGACGAUCCAGCUCGAGUAGCGCCAUUCACUGGGGAUCCGACGGACUCGUCAUCGGAAUCACGGAACUCGAGCGGAUGAUGCAGCACACUGUCGUCGACAGGCGUCGAUGGCUUGGCCAUACUUUUGAAUUCGGUUGAAAUGUGACCAAAAAUCUCAUAUGCCCAAGAAUCGAAGUUC